AUGGCAAGGUGGUUAACAAUUUCUUUUAAAAACAUUUUGCCUUUAAAAAAACAUGAUUCAUAUUGUAGUAAAAGAAUGUUUUUUAAUAAUAAUCCGUGUAAUUCUCCCAAAAAACAUAAUUUCAAUUUAAAAUUACUUAAAGGAAGUUCAAUAGCAAUAACUGUUACUGGAAUUAUUGGAGGAAUUUAUUAUGCAUCCCUUAAUGACAUAGAAAAAAGAAAGUUUAAUGUAACUGUGGGUGGAAUCGGAAGAUUUUUUAGAUCAUUACAUAUAGGUAUGUAUAUUACAUAUGACUAUUGGUGGACAUUAAAAAAUUUAGAUGAAGAGUCUGAAGAAUUUAAUAUGAAAAUAAAAGAAGUGCAUUUAAGAUCAGCUGAAAGAAUAAGAGAUGGAUGUUUAAAAAAUGGAGGUCUUUAUAUAAAAUUAGGUCAAGGCUUGGUUUCUCUGAACCAUAUUUUACCCAAAGAAUAUCUCAUUACUUUAAUGACUCUUCAAGACAAGUGCUUGACGAGAAAAAAAGAUGAAAUAUUGAAAUUAUUUAUAGAAGAAUUUGGUAAGCCUCAUACUGAAAUUUUUGAAGAAUUCGAUGAGAACGCCAUUGCUGCUGCUAGCAUAGCACAAGUUUUUAAAGCGAAAACACUCGAGGGAGAAGAAGUUGCCGUUAAAGUCCAGUACAUAGAUUUAAAAGAUAGAUUUAUUGGAGAUGUAGCUACCAUAAAAUUUUUAUUAAAAGUUGCAUCUUUUGUUCAUCCCAAUUUUGAUUUUCAGUGGGUGUUAAAUGAGCUAAGAGAUACAUUAGAACAAGAAUUAGAUUUUAUUACAGAAGGGAAAAAUUCAGAGAAAUGUGCAUCUGAUCUUUCGCAAUUUUAUUUCGCUUAUGUGCCUAAAGUAUAUUGGAACCUUAGUACAUCUAGAGUUUUAACGACAGAAUUUAUUAAUGGAGUUAAAGUAAAUGAAAAAGAGUUAAUAAAAAAUUUGGGGUUAAAUCUAGGGGAUGUUGAUAAAAAAUUAUUUACAGUUUUUAGCGAACAAAUAUUUCAUACAGUUUUGAUAAGGAAAAGUAAGAAAACAAAAGAAGCAGAAGUUGUUUUAUUAGAUCAUGGUCUUUAUCAAGUUUUACCAGAUAAUGAAAGGAAAAAUUUGUGUUAUUUAUGGAAAUCUAUUGUUCUUCAUGAUGAACAAAAAAUCAAAAAAUAUUCUUCUGCUUUGGGUGUCGAAGAUCCAUAUGUUUUUGCUGAAAUACUCACACAGAGACCGUUAAAAUUGCACAAAUAUCAAUUAAAAUUAAAAUUAAACGAAGAAGAUAUGAAAUACAUGACUUACAUGGCUAGAAAAAGAUUCGAUAGAAUUUUAUUAGCACUAAGACAAAUGCCUAAAAAUAUGUUACUUGUCAUAAGAAACAUGAAUACCGUUCGUGCUAUUGCUAAAGAUCAUGGAGAUCCAGUUGAUAGAUUUACUCUUAUGGCUCGAAGUGCACUGGAAGGAACUGUGGAUAAAAAUAAAAAUUCAUUUAUUUAUAAUAAGAUACAAUGUUUUCAUCAAAAAAUUAUUUUCGAAUUUCACAUAUGGACGCAUUACAUAAAAUACAUAACUCACCUGACUAUUUAUAAAGUGCUGUUAUAUUUUAAAAGAACUCCCGAUUUGUCUGUAAUGGCUAAAGAAAUAAAUUUAUAA